AUGGAAGCUAAUAUAUGGAAUGACUUGGUUAAAAUUUAUCGGAAUAAAGAAGAUCACAAGAUUAAAUGUGAAAUUGCAUGGAAGAAUAAAAUGACAGCGACGGAUGAGUCUACUACCAAGCAUACUGGGGAUUCAAUUUCUUUUGGAUCACACCGUGAGAGAAUGAAAAAAGAUUUGGGACGAAAUGUGGAUGAAUUUGAGGUUUUUGAACGAAUGCAUAAAAGAAAGCAAGGUAUUGGAGAGUUUGUGGAUAACAAAUCAGCUCGAGUUAGUGAACAAUAUAAAGAGAGACAAAAUGUUGAUGAUCAGUCUACUCGACCUUCAUUCAAUCUCAAAUCAUGGUGUGAUGUGGUGGGCGACCCAUGUAAGGGGAGGGUGUACGGAUUUGGACGCAAUCAACAUUUUAGAAGAUCAUACAAUGGGAAUUCCAUUGAAAUGUGCUCUCAUGAGAAGAACAAGGAAUUAUCUCAAGAAAUUGAAGACAUGUGUGCUAUUAGCAAGAGGAUGGAGGAAGAAAUUACUGAAAGCAAAAAUAAAUUGGAACUCGUUAUCAAAGAAAAUAGACAGAGGGAAGAACAACUUAUCGAGGAAGGUAUGCAAAGAGAAGAAAAUCUAAAAGAGAUGGUUCGUAAAAUGAUUUAA